AUGUCAAUAUGUCGACGAUACAUAAAAUCAAUUAAAAAAUGUAUACCAGCUAGUCGUAUUAUUACAAACAUGCUCGAUCAGAUUCCAGUAAAAUGUUCAACAUGUGAACAGACAUCAUUAACACGUGGAAAUUUUAAUGAUCAUAUAAAUAAAACUUGUCCAAAUAUUAAUAUACCAUGUUCAGCCAGUAAUAUAAAAUGUCCUUGGAUAGGAUUACGUCAUGAAUAUGAAACACAUUUAUCAACAUGUAAAUAUGAAGCAUUACGCCUAGUACUUACCCAACUGAUCAGUGACAAUGAACAACUUCGGGAAGUAAACCAAAAACUAAAUUCUCAACAUAAAAAAAUGAAUAUUCAUAUGCAACAAGUUCUUGCUGAAAAUCAAGAAUUUAAUCUUGAAAAUCAAAAACUUAAUCUAGAAAUUCGAAAACUUAACCUUGAUAAUAAAAAAUUACAUAUUGAAAAAGAACAAAUUUAUUUUCAAAAUCAACAACUGAACGAUGAAAUUCAAGAAGUUCGUCAAGAAAAUCAAUGGUUAAUACUUAAACAACAACAACUAACCCAAAUGGAACAACAAAUUAUUCGAUUUAAUCAACUUAGAAACAAAACAUUAAGUAUUCAAUUUAUGUCGAUGUAA